GUUUGAAGCGGGUUGGGCGGGGCUUAGAGCUCGGUGGCUGCGCUUCCGGGUUUGGUGGCGGUUGCCAGGUAAGGCCUGGGCCGCUCCAUAGCAACGCAGAGCGAAAGGACGCCGUGCGGAGAGAGAGGCAUGAAGGCGGCCGAGGGCUCCGGUAACUUGGAUGGGGAAAGUACGGCCAUGGAAGGCAAGGGGGAGGGAGAGGGGGGCAGGCUAGACACAAAGCGGGCAGAGUGAGCGAAGACAGAAGGAAGUAAAGGAGAAUGUGAUAGGGAGACAGAGAGUGGGAGGAAGAGCAGAAAGUAACAAGAAUGGGAAAUGUAUGAUUUAUGGCCAUGGAAAUCAGUGGCAAUGGAGCAGGGCUAGGAAUUGGAGAGGGGAGAUGUGUUGGGGAAUGCCUUAUUCACAUAAAGGGUCUGAUUGGGAAAAGUUAAUAUGGGCUCUUAUUGGGAGUUAACACUUAUAUUAAUCCAUCAGACCAGGGCUGUAUGGACAAUAAAGCCAGAUUUGCUCCAGCUACUCUGUGAGAACAUAAUAAUAUACAUAAUAAUUAUAUUCGUCAUAUAGGUGAGCAUAAGGUCCCAGCCUUUGCUUUGUACAUUGUUACUGUGUAUGUGUAAUCAUUGCUUUCAGGUUAUUUUUUAAUAGCUACAUUUGAUAUGUCUAGUGCAGACAUACCUCUGGUUAUAUCCAAUAACAUUAACUUGACAUCAUUAAACUAAAUGAAUGGGGUGUAUUCACAAAUAUAGAUUGGGUUAUUUUCUUUUUUUUUUUGUGUGUGUGUAAUUUUAAAAUGCAAAUUGCAAAAGUAUGGCUAAUAUGGACAAGCUGUUACUAUAGCGGAGUUGGAGGAUUUCUCCAAAUUAUCUGUUUUAGCCUUAAAGGAACAGUCCAAGCACCAUAACUACCACAGCUUACUGUGCACUGGCACCUCCCUUUGUAAGGCGUGGGAUAGUUUUUGAAUUGUUUAAUUUAACAACUGGGGUCUGCAUGAUGCUGCUCCCCCACCUCCAGUACCAAUGCCGAAGAUUCAGAAAUUCCUGUGCUCUCCUAAGCUAAAUUGGGGGAAUGGAAAUUGCACUUUUAACUCUUAAAAAUAAAAGUCAAACAAUUGCAGUUAAAAUCCACUUUAGCACAUAUAUAAGAAAGGGAAAAAGAACGAACGUAGUGUAUGCCGCUUUCAGGGGGCGUGGCUAUGAUGUCUAAACGUGAUGAUGCGUUUUGAUGAUACACCAGCUUUAUCAGAUCAGUGCAUGUGUAUGGUGUUAGUCGAGCUGAAAUCUCUGCUCAAAGUUUAUCUCCUGGAAAAGUACCAUAGUAACAUUUUCUGGAAGUUCAGGUUUUGACGUAUUUUGAUAUAUUUUUCUUUGAUCUCUUGUCCAUGUAAUAUGCUUAGCCCAUUCCACUUUCCUAAAUUCUCUUUGUAAGUCCCACACCAUUUCCCGCUUGCUAUCAUAUUAAAAAUCAUUGUCUUUUCCCUUUCUUUUAAAAGGCACCUUUCCUAAAGCUUUUACCAGAAGCAUCUAAGUAAUUGUACCUUUUUAGUUGUCAGAACUAUUUAUACGGAGAUCUAUACAGUCAUGGAGAAAAAAGUACACCCUCUUUAAAUUCUAUGGUUUUACAUAUCAGGACAUAAACAAGACAUAUUACAUAGUGUCAUGAUUUAUUAACACAAAUAAAGCCAAAAUGGAGAAGCCAUGUGUGAAAAAACUAAGUACACAUUAUGAUUCAAUAGCUUAUAGAACCACCGUUAGCAGCAAUAACUUGAAGUAAUUGUUUUCUGUGUGACUUUAUCAGUAUCUUUACAAGGUUGCUUCAGUUCAUUGGGGUGUGCUUUCAUUUGUUUAUGCACAGACAGCUCUCUUAAGGUCCCGAUACAGCAUUUCAAUCAGAUUUAGGUCUGGACUUUGACUGGGUCAUUGCUACACCUUGAUUCUUUUCUUUUUCAGCCAUUCUGUUGUAGAUUUGCUGGUGUGCUUGGGAUCAUUGUCUUGUUGCAUGACCCAAUUUUGGCCAAGCUUUAGCUGUCGGAAGGAUGGCCUCAUAUUCGACUAUAGUAUACUUUUGGUAAACAGAGAAGUUCAUGGUCCAUUCAAUGACUGCAAGGUUCCCAUUUCCAAUGGCUGCAAAUCAAGCUUAAAUCAUCACCCCUCUACCACUAUGCAUGAAAGUUGGUAUAAGAUGUUUGUUUUUUGCCAAACAUGGCACUGUGCAUUAUGGCCAAACAUCUUCACGGUCUCACCUGUCCAAAGGACAUUCUUCCAGAAGUCUUGUGUUUUGUACAGAUGCAGUUUUGCAAACCUAAACUGUGCUUCCAAGUUCUUAUUAGAGAGAAUAGACUUUCUCCUGGCAACCCUUCCAAACACACCAUACCUGUUCACUCUUUCUUUCUAAUUGUACUGUCCUGAACUUUAACAUUUAACAUGCUAACUGAGGCCUGUAGAAUCUGAGAUGUAACUCCAUUAUUUUUUUUAUUUUUUUGCAGUUUCUCUGAACAUUGCAUGGUAUGACGUUGGGGUGAAUUUGCUGGGAUGGUCACUCCUGGGAAGAUUUCCAACAGUCUUGAAUGUUUUCCACUUUUGAAUAAACUUUCUCACUGUAGAAUAAUGGAUUUUAAAUUGUUUAGAAAUGGCCUCAUAACUAAUCCCAGUUGGAUUGCUUCUCUAUGAUCAUUGCUGAUGUCCUUGGCAUUGUGUUAACACACACCUGAAUGCUCCAGACCAGCAAACUGCUAAAACUUUGGCUUUUAUAGAGGUGGUCACACUUUCUGAUGAUAAAGUAAUCAAAGUGAUUUGAUUAGCAGCACCAUAAUACUUAGUUUUUCACCCCUGGCUUCUUCAAUUUGCCUUUUAUUUUUGUUAAAUCAUGACACUGUAAUAUGGCAUGUGUUGUUGUAUUUACCUAAUUGUAAGACCUGCUAAGGAAGAGAUGAUGAUUGAUUUUAUUAUUAGGGAUGCACCAAAAUUUUCGGCCAAAAAUGGGCCUAUCUCAUUUCAGACGAAAAAGGGUCAAAUCUGCCAGAAAUGUAUGGGCUCGGUCGGUGACCCAAAUAAUGACUGCUUCACUAACGUGUUCAGGAGCUGUCUGGUCACAGUGAGUGUCUGAGCUGACCGUCCGCGCUAUCCGACACCUAGAAGCCCGGCCAGGAGUUGGAUUGGAAACAGCGGCUGAGUGACAGGCAGACUGAGCACGGGGCUGUCUAGUUUCCAUGCAGAGAAUGGGGUUGUUACAUCUCUGUGACAUCAGCACGUCACAUGACAGGCACGUCAUCAGCAUGGCACAUGGAGCUUCCAGUUUAGCAAGGAGAGCUUGCAGGCGCUGGGCGGGUGGCUGGAUAAAGAGCUUGCGGUGGGUAAAAAGCAAUAGCAGCCAAAAGCAGGAUCGCUCCAGAUAAAAAGAACAUUGGAAAUUCUGCUCUGACAUCAUUCCCGGGUUAGAGUUCUUUGUGGAACUUUACUGGAUAUAGUUACAAUUUUCAAAAGUUUUCUGUUUGCGAUGAAAUGUUACGGCCCGAAUGAGGAGCACGGGAAGAGUGGGGGGUGGGGGCAGGUUUUGUAGUAGGUAUCUUGGUGGACGGGGGAUGACCAUAAAGACCUAUGUUGUUGGGCAGGAUAUUUGUACUUGCAUAAUGCUAUCUUAGAGCUGCUGUUUGAGUUCAUUACUUGACAUGGGGCUUGAUUACAUUUGAUUAGUAAGCUUUACCAAUGCUCUGAUUUAUAUUUCCAACUUCAUAUAGGCGUUAAUGGAGUUGGAAAUGUAAUCAGACAGAGCAUUGGUAAAGCUUACCAAUCAAAUGUAAUUUAUCUAGCCUUUACUGUUUUGCAUAUAAUUGUUUUCUAGGACUAUACUUUAUUUGGAUAAUUGGUUUAAUAAUAAUAAUAAUAAUAAUAAUAAAUUUAAAAAAAUAAAUUCUGAUUCGGUUACAAAGAACGGAAUGAAGAAUGUAUAUUGAUAUUAAAUUGAAUAUUAACAAUAUAUUAUUCUUCAGUCCUAUAUAACAAACAGAUUUUCUAUAUUAUUUUUUUAAAGUAAUUUUCUGUCCAAUUUUGGUGUAUUACUUUAAAUUAAAGUGUGGUUAUUUUGUUGGCUUGUAGUUUUUCAUAUUUGAUUAAUUAAAAAGUCUAAUAUUAAUAAAAUUAUAGAAAAAACUUUUUAAAAUCAUUUGGGGAAAAGUCAUUUUCGGGUUUCGGCCCAGAAUUUUCAUUUCAGUGUAUUAUUAUUAUUAUUAUUAUUAUUAUUAUUAUUAUUAUUAUUAUUAUUUCCUGAUAUGUAAAACCAUAGAAUUCAAAGAGAGUGUACUUUCUUUUUCCUAUAAAUAUAUUUCUGGGUGUAAAACCACAAGUGCUGGCAAUUUUGUAUUGUAUUACUGACUAUAAGAAGUGUUUUGGGAAACUAUAUUUGCAGUCUCCCUAUUAGUUAAGCCGUUAGAUAUAAGCCAAUACUAUCAUAAGGUGUCUGUGUGUUGCAAAGCUUACACGUUUCCCAGAGAUUGGAAGCAUGGAACUCCGUUCACUAAUGUUUAGGCUCCAAUUGUUUAAAUAAAAAAUAAUUUUAUUUUUAUCCGCAAAUGAUUAUAACCAGUGAUUCCACUCUCUUUGUUUUAUACCUUUUCAAACCGUGAAUGCUGUGGAAUGCUUGGCAUAAAACCCAAAGUAUUUUAUUGUAAUUAAUCAUUAAUCAUGUGCAAGACACAAAGUGAUAUGAGAGGUCAAAUAUACAGUAUCUUCAUGUUUUAAAGUAUAUUUAAUACAGUUUUUUAUUUGAAUAUCCCACAUUCUUUAGGAAUUUGAAGAAGUCAGCGAAUCCAAAUCCUAUUUUUAAUUUAAAAGAUACUGCAUUCUACAACAUAAGUCUUGGGUGCAAAACAACGGCAGAGAAUUUAAGAUAAAUGAUAAUGGCAGAUCCGGGAGAAGGGAAGAAAGAAGAGGCAGACUAUAAGAGAAUGCACAGCUUUCCUUUAAUACGGGUAAUUUUCACAGUUGUAUCCUAAAAGUAAUCACUUCUUUUAGCCUUGUGGCAUUUUGUGGAUUUGACAUAAUUUUGUUUUGUGUGUUACAAUGAAUCCUGUAUUGCUUUCCCAGGUGGCUCUGCAGUUCUGAGUUUGUAACAGCUGGAGUGCAACUGGUAAACUGGCUGUAGUAUAACCUAUAACAGUUUUUUGUUGACCUUGCAGGGUUGUGAAAAAUUGCCCUAAUAAGAUCUCUUUUAUAAUAAACAUUCACUAAAAAGAUUCCAGGAUUGGACACAGAUCAGCAUUAUUGUCAAACAACGCUCACCUCCUUAAAGGGGCCUUCUAACAAACAUAACCCUACAGUGCACUGUAAGUGUUGUGCUGUCUAGAGUUUUCUGGUGGCAUCACAUAUUUUAAUAUUAAACUGUUUGUUUAGGAAUGGUUUGAUAUAAACUAGGGCAGGCAUUGGCAACCUUUGGCACUCCAGAUUUUUUUUUUUGGCUAUAACACUCAUGAUGCUUUGCCAGCAUUAUGGGGGAUGUAGUCCACAACACCUGGAGUGCCAAAGGUUGCCUAUCCCUGAACUAGGGGUUAUUCCUAUCUUUGCUGUAUUUUAUAAAGCAAAAUUUCACUUCCGCCUUAUUAAUAUCCAUUUCAUCCAACUUGGACGAUUUUGUUUCGAUGAGAGCACUUGGAGAAUUUUGCCCUUGCACUUUCAAUCAAUCCAAUCAAUAGCAUUUUAUUUGGAUAAAAUUGAUGGUGACAUUUAGGGAUAGACCGAUUUAUCGGUUUGGCCGAUAUUCCGGAUUUUGGCAAAUAUCGGUACCGGCCACUACUGAUAUUGCCGAUAAUGUGAGAGGCGGCAGUGGCCCAACGCACACAGGGCCGUCACGUCCAUCAGGCGGCCGCAUUAGUGUGUACCGGCUCUGGCGGUGCAAGAAUCGACUGGUAGGAAGGAAGUGCAUAGCGCUCCCCCUACCACUUACUCGGUGUUGCAUGGAGCAAAGCAGACCACGGUAAAGGAGCUUCAGUUUCCUAUACCCAGCCAGACUGUCCGGAAGUGCUCACUGAAAGAGCACUUCCUGUCAAUCUGGCUGGUUUCAGGAAACUGAAGCAUCUGUACUGUGGUCCGCUCUGCUCAGCCACGCUAUAAGAGAAGUAAUGAGGGAGCGGAGAGGAACACUAAGGGACAGGGAGGGUAGGGGGAACACUAAGACGGGGAGGUGAGGGGAGAGGAGAGAAACACUAAAGGAUUAGUAGGGGAGAGGUACACUAAGGGAGAGGAACAAUAAAUAUUCUUGAAAACAUAAAUCUGACUGGCAUGUAUAUUUUGUGCAUUUACCACUUAAUAAAAAAAAGGAUUUGCAAAAAUAAACAAACAUGUUCAGUUAACAGAUGUGUAGAAUUAUUAUUAUUAUUAUUAUUAUUAUUAUUAUUAUAUUUUUUUAUUUUUUUUAUUUUUUUUUCAAGAUGGUAAAUGUAGAGAGUACCGGUAACAUAGGCGUGCACACCCUAAUCCCCACAAAGCCAUCAGUAGAUGUAAAAAGCUAGCAACAAUGACCCAUAAGGGAUUAAAAAGUACCCGAUGGAGGAAGUAUAUCUGGGUGUCAUCGUUACAGGUGAUGCUGAAAACAAAUGUAUAUAAUUAACUGAAUUAGUAUUAUUAAAUAAUGAGAUUCAGAAAUGAACUUUGCAUUGUUCCAACUGCAACGACUGUUAUGUAAAAAUGACAUAUGUAUAUGUUAACAGUGUGGGAGAGGCAAUAUAGAUUGAAAACAAGCACAUCCUUAUUACUGGGUAUUUGCCAAAAAACACUUCUCAUAGGAAGAUUUAGGGAUCCAUAUAAUACAUAUUGGUUCAGUUGCUGCUUUUGAAUGUGGGGACAGAAAAUCGCAGAAUUUAUAAUAAUUGUCCCUUUUUUUUUUUUGUGUGUGUAGUUUUUUUUUUCUUUUUUUUCUUUUUUUUUAAAUUUUUUUAAUAAUAAAAACAGACAGCAAUUAAAUAUUGAUUGUUUUGUAACAGUGUGCAUUAUAAAGGAUAAAUUAUAUGCUCAUGUGUGUUUGGUGUUUUAUAACCUGGACUAAUGCCGGUCAUCAAACUUUGUUUGUGGGAUUUUACAAAAUGUUUACAAAUGUUAGUGUGUGUGUGUGUGUGUGUACUAAAAUAAAAGAUGCUUCCCACCAGAGUUUGCAGCCAAAUUGUUAAGCAUAUUUGUAUGAUUCUCUGCAGUUCUGAGCCAUUUUCACUCAAGUAACUUUGUUAUUAAUAUGCAAAUUUGUAAUAGUGAUUUGUUACGCUAAAGGGACACUACAAACACCUGAAGCACUUCAGCUUUAAAGGAGCUAAUGGUAAAUUCAUUAGCUCCUUUGGCUUCCAAUAUUAUUUUUAUGCAGAUGACACGCAAAUCUACCUGUCCUCUCCUGAUCUCUCCCCGUCCCUCUUGAUUAGUGUCUCUGACUGCCUCUCUGCUGUUUCUAACUGGAUGGCUGCCCACUUCCUUAAACUAAACUUGACCAAAACUGAAAUUCUGGUCUUUCCUCCCUCAAGUGUUGUUAUUCCUGUGUCUCCCUCCCUCCAAGUCAACGGUGCUACCAUCAGCUCCACCACGCAGGCUCGCUGCCUAGGUGUUCUCUUUGACUCCAACCUCUCCUUUAAGCCUCAUGUUCAAUCUAUCGCCAAAUCCUGUCAUUUCCAUCUCAAAAACAUCCGCCCCUACUUAACGCCGGAUAUGACUAAGGUGUUGGUCCAUUCCACUGUCCUUUCUCGCCUUGAUUACUGUAAUCCGCUUCUCAGUGGUCUUGCAUGCUCCCAACUUGCGCCGUUACAGUCCAUAAUGAAUGCAGCAGCGAGGCUUAUCUUCCUGUCCGCCUGCACCUCCCAUGCCUCACCGUUUUGUCAGUCCCUACAUUGGCUUCGUAUAAAAUAUAGAGCUCAAUUUAAAAUUCUGGUUCUUGCUUUCAAAUCUCUACAUAAUGCUGCUCCCACCUAUCUAUCCUCCCUUAUACACAAGUAUGUCCCGUCUAGGCCCUUACGAUCUGCUGAAGACUUCCGUCUAUCUUCUGUCCAUACUCCCACUUCUGAUGCUCGCCUUCAAGAUUUCGCGAGGGCUGCACCGUUCCUGUGGAACUCGCUUCCCUCCUCCGUUAGAUGCUCACCCAGUCUCCACUCCUUCAAAAAAAUCAUUAAAAACCCACUUCUUCAUAAAAGCAUAUCAAUUAAACUGUUAAUAGCUCCUGACUGAUACCUCUUCUGCAACUGUCACUAGUCGAAUACUAUCCUUACCUUUUUGUGUCAUUUUUACCCCACUCCCUCUAGCAUGUAAGCUCAUUGAGCAGGGCCCUCAACUCCUCUGUUCCUGGGUGUCCAACUUGUCUGGUUACAACUACAUGUCUGUUCGUCCACCCAUUGUAAAGCACUGUGGAAUUUGACGGCGCUCAAUAAUAAUAAUAAUAAUAAAUUAUUUUUAUAAAUAUAAACAAAAAAUGAUGGCUGCACUCCUCUGUCUUCUUAUCUAAAAUCCAAAUUGCUUUAUUAGAUAUACAUUUGUUUUUUCUGAUCCUGAGGAAAGCCCAACAUGGGGCUGAAACGUCGAUUAUUUUUAAUGUAUAUCUAAUCAAGCAAUUUGGAUUUUAUAUAAGAAAACCGAGGAGUGCAGCAAUCAUUUUUUGUUAUUAUAUUUGAAUUGCCAGCUGGCUCAUGCACCCGGCAUUACCAAGGAUAACGAGAGUGCAAGGAACCUUUUUGUUAUAUAUAAUAUGUGUGUGUGUGUGUGUGUGUGUGUGUGUGUGUGUAUAGGCAGUGAUCAGCACUCUCGGACUUGUAAAAGUUAAAACUUACAGUUUAUUAAUAAUCCAUUAAAAAUCAGAUCAACGUUUCAGUCCCAGCAGGGACUUUCAUCAGGAUCAGGCAUAGAUCCUUCUACAGAUAGAUCUAUCUAUGCCUGCUGAUCCUGAUGAAAGUCCCUGCUGUCCGAGUGCUGAUCAAUACCUAUACAUAUUUGAAUUUUUCCUGAUUUCAAGAAUCUCGCAAGUAUCUUAUUAAAGUUUAGGGGAGUGCAAGGACUGUUCACAAAAGAUAGAGAUGGUUUCUAUAUCUAUCUAUAUUCAGUACAUUAUUCUUGCACUGCCCAAUAGUCAACAAAACAGUUCAAUGUUGUGUGCCAGGCCCGCUAUAUCGUAGAGUAUACACAAAACAAUAUUAUAGUCUGCACUCGUAGUCUUCCUUAAAACCUAGCAUUUAUUACAUAUUUCUGUAAAAGUGCUUGUGUGAUGCAAAGUGUCAAAAGUUUCAGUCGCAGCAUGGUCUUUACACAAAUGUAAAUAAUUAAGUACAUUUCUAAAUUAACCUAGUUAUUUCCACUUCUCCCAGGCUGUCCCAUCCAAUCCUGUUACUUCCAGUAGUUUAGUUUUAUUAAACCUAAGGGGCACCAAGAAAACCCAUCCUGCAAAGACUUUCAUUGAGAAGUCCAUGAUUGGACAGCCAUGAAAAUCGCUAUGGAGAGAAACAAUGGCUGCAGACAGCAGAUCUGCAGCUUGCAAACUGCUUUCAGAUAUACAUCCAAUGGGGUAAAAAAGAUUUCCGCUCAAGUGUGUGAAGUUGGCGAAGUGUGUAGCCUGAGAUUUCAAGUAGGUGAAUAUGUUGUUGAUUUUAGCUUGACAAAGGUGCUUUGAUAAUUCUACCCCAUGGAACAAUCAGUUUUUUUGAAUUUGACAAUUUUUAUUUUGGUGGGUCGGAGUGGUGGGGUACAGAAGAAAGCAGGGGGGGGGGGACAUAGUAUACAGUCUCCAAGUUCAAUGUUUUGUACACAUAGUCAUUUUUACAAUUAGCAAUUUGAUUCAGGUGUGCAGGUUUCAGUAUUUGGGCACAGCUUUGUGAUUUGUUGCUAGUCCUCUAUUCGUUUGUGCCUCAUGCUAGGUUGCAAUGUGUAACGUGUGGUUGCAGAGGGUGCGUGUUCUUUAGGGUGUUCCAGAGUAGGGAUGGUAUAUUUACCCUGGUGAGGUGUGCCUGCUUGGUGAUGUGUUGUGUCUCGUCCCUGCUGCUGGUGGAGUCGUUCACCUGUUUGCUUGGGUCCUUUCGUUUAUCCUUGAGAGUGUGGGUCGGUGUAUGAGGAUGUCGUGAGCUGGUAUGCCUGUGUUUUUAUUUAUUCCCUUGGGGGGGGUGGGAGGGGGUGGGGAGUGGGGGAGUGGGGGAGUGGGGAGGGGGGGGCAGGGUGACUUAGCGGGAUGUGGAUUCCUCUGAUUCUUUUGUUGAGGUUGUGGUAGGAAGAGGGAAGUGCUGCCAUCGUGGAGCAUGUUGUUAGGAAGUGGGUAAGUGUCCUCAUAUGGUGUUUUUAUGUGGUGUGUUGGGUAUGAGCUCCUUUACGGGAUUGUAGCUUGUUCUCGUCCCAUAUUUCCCAUGCCGUAGAGUGGUAUGCUGCUUUUGGUCUCGCUUUCCGUGCCAUCAUUUCGUAGCGCUUGGAGUCGUCUAUCGCUUUGAUGCAUUGUUCUAUUGUCGGUGGGGUUGUUUGUUUCCAUUUCCUGCUUAUGGAUGCUAAUGCUGAGAUGAUGAUGUGGUAGAGGAGGUAUCUGUGGCUUUUCCGCAGUUUGUUCGGGAGUAGUAGUAGAAGAAAUAUUUCCGGUAGGAGUGGCAGGUGCGUUUUGGUGCAUCUUGCUGCUAGUUUCUUUACUUCCAGCCAGUAUGUUGUGAGUUGCGGGCAGUGCCACCAGAUGUGGAUCAUGGUGCCCUUGUCUGCCUGGCAUCUCCAGCAUGUGUCUGAUGUGUUGGGGAAGCUGAGCUUGAGGCGUGUGGGCACCAGGUACCACCUGUAGAGAACUUUUCGGGAGAGUUCCACAUGGUUCAUGCAGAGCGUCAUUUGUUUGUGUGCUUUGUAAAUGUUCUGCCAUUGGUCUUCAGUAAGUGGGUGUUUGAUGUCUUUCUCCCAUGCUGUUUUAAAGGAUGGGGGUUUUUUCGAGGGUUGAUUGUGUUCUGAAGUAUAGAUCAGUGAGAUCAGUUUCUUGGCUGGUUUGAUUGUUAGACAUAUUUUUUCGACUUCCAGUAGGGGGGGCUCUGGGAAGGUUAUCGCCAAUUUCCUUGUCUGUAGGGCGAACCAGGCUUGCAGUUGCCUGUAGGGGAAGGUAGCUGUUGCGGGUAAGUGGAAUUCUCGUUGGAGGUCUGGCAGACGUUUGAGAUGGGAGUCUGUCGUGAGUUGGGAUAGGGUUCGUACGCCGUGUUUGUUCCAUAUUUUGUAGUUGAAGUCCGUGAUGAUGACUCCCAAAGCUUCUAGUGGGAGGGCUGGUGAUAUUUUCGUCAAUAUGCCCAUCUUUUUGCGAUAGUUAUCCCAUAUCAUUAGAGUUAGUUGGGUUGUUGGUAGUAGUGAUUUGUUACUUGGUCUUUGGUGUUUCGGCAUCCAGGCCAUUGUUGGAAGGGAAAGUCCGUUGGCAUAGUUUGUUUCAAUUUCUACCCAGGCCAUCGCUUCCUUGUGGUGGAAUGCUGAGAGGAGUGGGGCUAUGUGCGCUGCUCGGUAGUAUCCUCUUAUGUCAGGUAAGCCCAUACCUCCUUGGGAGAGUGGUCGAAACAUAGUGGAGCACGCUACCCUGGGUUUUGUGUUUUCCCAAACGUAUGUGUUAAUUUGUUCUUGUAUUUCCAAGAGAUGUUUUGUGGGGAGCUGGAGGGGGAGCGUUCUGAAGAGGUAUUGUAUCUUAGGUAGGAGUAUCAUUUUUGUCGAUGCUAUUCGUCCACACGGAAAGUACAAAACCUCUUACACAGCCUGCGGGAGAAAAGGGCCCCAAGCAUCCUCCUAUCCCUAGAUGCUGAGAAAGCAUUCGACAGACUCCACUGGCCGUUCCUACUAGCGGUCCUACAAAAAUUCGAAUUCCCUCCCCAAUUCCUCGCCCUCAUCAAAGCACUAUACUCCUCCCCUACGGCACGAGUGACAAAUGGGGGAUUUAUCUCCAAAACCUUCAAAAUUUCAAAUGGCUCCCUCCAAGGAUGCCCACUCUCCCCGAUACUAUACAUUCUGGCACUCGAACCUCUGGCCCAAAUGAUAAGAGAUGACCCCGCCAUAAGCGGAAUGCACAUAAAAGGGAAGGAAUAUAAACUAACGCUGUUCGCGGAUGAUAUCCUGCUAUCAUUAGAGCACCCGCACAUAUCGCUACUACAAUUCCAUAAAAUACUGGCCCUCUACAGUAGAUGCUCUUUCUACAAAUUAAACAUAGCAAAAACACAGGCCCUGAGCAUUAACAUCCCAAACCAAGACCUGAACGUCCUGAAAUCACACUUUAACUACGAAUGGAGACAAGACCAUAUCAAGUUCCUAGGGGUCAACUUCACACCCACACCCGCCACCUUAUUUAAAGCAAAUUACAUAAAACUUUUAGGGGAAAUCAAAUCCAUCACACAAGGAUGGAAAGGCGAACACCGUUUUUUUAAAGAAAUAUUCCAAAAUGAUUUGCUGCAAUUAACAGCAUAUGGAGGUGUUUGGUUUUUGUGUUUAUUUAUUUUUUAUCUUACUUAUUAACUGUAUAACUUACAGACACCAUUUUAUUUACUGCUAACAUGCUGUGUAUGUUCUCUUUGCAGCACACAGAUAUGCCAGAAGAGAUGCGAGUAGAAACCAUGGAACUUUGUGUUACUGCUUGUGAAAAGUUUGCCAGUAAUAAUGAGGUAAAAUAUUUCUACUUUAAUUGGUCUGUGUAUCCUCGAAUAAAAAAAAAAAUAUAUAUAUAUAUAUUCUUUGAAUUGGACCUGCACCCAGGUAUACAGACUACAAUACAUAAACCCUUUUUAAAGGGACAUUUUUAAGUACCAAAACCAGUGCAUAGUAAUGUUUGUGGAUUUGGUGCCCUGCAAACUGACAAAUGUAAGCAUCGCAGUUUGAGAAACAGCAAUGUUUACACAUGUCCUGAAAGGAACACUAUAAGAGGAUCACUAGAAUAGCCUGCAGUUGCAUCUUCAAGAUGUAGAAGUCAGACAUAGCAUUAGUUUGUAAUACAGAGUCCUUUAUGUUACAAAACAACCUAGAGAGAGUAGAGGAAAGUCUUGGAAUGGAGCUGUACAUACACAUUAUAGUUAACUGUUCUAAGGAGAGUGCAGGCCUCAAACAUGAAAAUCAGGAACAGGCAGUACUUCCACAAUUACUUUUAUUGGUUUCAGGGAGAAUUAUUGCAGUAGUACUGUUCAUUAGUGAUGUCCCGAAUGGUUCGCCACGGACUCAUCAUUGAGUAAACUUUGACCCUGUACCUCACAGUCAGCAGACACAUUCCAGCCAAUCAGCAGCAGACCCUCCCUCCCAGACCCUCCCACCUCCUGAACAGCAUCCAGUUUGAAGCUGCAUUCUUAGUGAGCUGUCCAGGAGGUGGGAGGAAGGGUCUGCUGCUGAUUGGCUGGAAUGUGUCUGCUGACUGUGAGGUACAGGGUCAAAGUUUACUCAAUGAUGAGUCCGCGGUGAACCGUUCGGGACAUCACUACUGUUCAUGUGAAGUACAUUAGUGUUUUUCCUAAUUUCAGCAAUCUUUCCAGAAUUAACUUGUAUUAUGCUGUGGUGUGUGUGUGUGUGUGUGUGUGUGUGUGUGUGUGUUUUUUAUUUUUAUUUUUAUAUAUAUAUAUAUAUAUAUAUAUAUAUAUAUAUAUAUAUAUAUAUAUAUAUAUAUAUAUAUAUAUAUAUAUAUAUAUAUAUAUAUAUAUCUCUAUCCCUUUAAUACACAUGGUAGAAGAGAGAUUAUAAUCUAGUGUUAGGAAUAGAGAUGUUAACAUUAUUAAGCUGUUAAAUGUUUAGGUCUCUGCUCCCCCUUUUUUAAAGAAGGUAAAAAGCAGUUUUACUUCCCCUUUCUCCCUCACAGCGCUGGUCUCCACUCUGCUGUCCUGCCUUCUUGGUUGAGAUCAAUGAUCUUGGCUUAUCCAAUACUUUCCCAUAAGAAAGCAUUGUGAGGUUAGUGUGACACGCUGCAAAUCGUUGCACUGUGCCAAUUAGAUGGUCUAUGUAAGACAUUUCACUAAAAAUAGCUGAGUUGUAAUCUAUUUCAGAAGUAGCUCUUCUAGUGGCAGUGACCGCCACGAGAGGCAUUUAAACCCUGCACUGUAAAGAUUGGUGGUCCGGUUUUACAUUGCAUAGUUAAAACCAGACGUACAUGGCACCCCAAGCACUUUGUUGAGAUGAAGUGGUCUGGGUGCCUAUAGUUUUCUUUAAUAUUAGUUAUCUUAGCUCAAGCUUUGAUAUGCAUGGAAGAUGCUUUGACUGUUCCUUGUCUAAUAAAUAUUGUGUGGUUGCAUAGUCAACACGAAAUGCAUUUGCAUCAUUUUUUACAGUUAAGUAACAGUCGGAUUGCAUUAACUACAAAAUUAAUAUAACUAUAAACAUGCCAGGAUAUGGGCGAAAUGUUAUAAGAAAGCCUAUUGCUUUAAUGUUACAUUAGUAAAUAUUUAAUAAGUGGUGUGUUUUUUGUUUUUUUUUUUUGUUUGUUUUUUUUUCUCUACUUUUUUUAGAGUGCAGCAAAGAUGAUCAAAGAGACCAUGGACAAGAAGUUUGGAUCAUCAUGGCAUGUGGUUAUUGGUGAAGGCUUUGGAUUUGAGAUCACACAUGAGGUCAAGAACCUACUCUACAUGUUUUUUGGUGGCAGUCUGGCAAUUUGCGUCUGGAAAUGUUCAUGAGGAAUGCUUGAAUCUGACACCUCACCUUCUACUCAGGAUGUGCUGCUGCAAGUCCUCGCUCAGGAAAGAGUCUUUUGGAUAGGCUCUGUAUUUAUCUUUUUGGGGUGUUUUUCAAUUGGCCAUUUUAUGAACUAGCAGCAUGGGGGCUGUGCAUUGCAUUGAAAACAUUGUAUCGCAGCAACCUCUGACAUUCGAGUGUUUUUAUCUUAGGGGAAAAGGAUCUAAAUGGUCUUUUUAAUAUUGCAAUACAUUCCUAGUCCAAUAUUUUCUGAAUCUUGAACAAUCAACUACACCAAACUGGUGCAGAAACAGCCGUUAAUUCCAUUUUCCUACUCCUACCCUCAGAGGCUUUUAUAUCAAAUAUAAAUGUAUGCACAGGGUUCUGCCGUCCUAAUAGCACUACAGCUCGGUUUUCCCAAAUAACUUUUUUUUUUUAAAUCCCCUGCCCUGUGAGUAUCUCCUUACCUCUUAUUUUUCCUAUAACGGUUUCCUUGACUCUUGCCUUCUUGUCAUUUUCUAAAGUAAACAUUUCCUCUUGCAUGAUUCAUAUUCCCUGUUCUCUUUAACAAACUGUCUUGCUAAGUCUCUAUGGACAUCUCCUCCUCCCCCCCCCCCCCCCCCCCAACACACACAGUAUACUGUUUUCCUUGAUCUCUUGACAAAUAUUUGUUUGUUAUGAGAUCCCACUUAGAGGUAUAAGUCUCUUCUGACUGUGAUAUAACUCAAUUCUAUUUUAGCCUUUCAGAACACAAAUCUUCCUCUAAGCAAUUUGUUUUGUUCUGUCUCACGUUAGAUUACUUUAGCCUAUUCUCUUGUGUUUUUUGUUCUAUAUUAUGCUGUCAUUCACAUGCUUCAUUUUCCUACCUUUUGACAUAGAUGUACAUUGUAGACUAUCCACAAGCCAUAAAUAAUAGAUCAGGAGUUUAAGGAUACCACAGAGAAGCCUGCCAGAUCCCAGCCUUUAAUUUUUCUUAUUCAAUGGCAGAAACGUGAAGCCAUGUUUCUUGGAAGGAUUUUAUACUCUGCUGGAACACUGUGGAUUCUGUUUGUCUUUUGUUUCUAUUUUAAUUUUACCUAUGGUUAAGAAUUGGUUUGCUCUAAUCUGGCAUUAAUAAAUUUACUUGGAUUUGUUUUAGAUCAUCA